AUGUCAACAGUGACCCAACCUGGCGCCCCGCUGAUGACAGCCGGACCAACAGGAGGUCCACCCGCGGGCCCGUCUCAAAGUAGCUUGAGCGGAUUUGUGACCUCAACACCCACUCCCGAUCCGGGUGGCCGGCCCAUCACUUUUGUUGGCAACACACCUUCAGCGGUGCUUUUCUUUCUCGCUAUGGCAGUCGGUGUUGCCAUAGCUCUAUUGUUUGUCUUUUUCACUAUUCGGUACUUUGUGCGCUCGCGGUACGGCUUCCACUUGUACACUGUGUCCAGUCGAGGUGUGCUUUUCUCUUCUGGUGUUAAUACGGAAGUCAACUAUUACCAUUAUUCGAACCGGGAAAUUCGCGAACACUUACAAUAUUUGCGAAACCAUCACUACAUCCGCGAUGAAUUCCUAGAGCGUAGAUUGUCCUCGGCAAGCCGAAGACGCCGGAGAAGGGGCCGUUUCUCGAAGAUGAAGAAACUUACCCUGCAAGAGGUCGAGGAGCUUUUCCCAAAGAGCACUUAUGUGGACUGGAUCAACAGUGGCACAUCUGAAGAUACAGAUACUCAGCUGGCUGAACUAUCAUAUUCUGUUGACCCGAAAUCUAACCACGAUGCUUCAUCCAAGAGUGACGUUGUCGAACUACAAAGCCUCGAGGUGAGUCAUUGUGACGAAGAAGAAGACCCGGAAGACCCAGAUCAUGUCAUUGCUUACAUAGGAGAAGGCGCCCAGAGAAAGAAUCAUGUCAACGAUGUCCAAAGCGAUGGGCUUGCGCUGCUCAACGAGCACUUACAUUUUGAUUCAGGGUCAUGUGCUAUAUGCUUGGAUGUGUUUGAACCAAAUGACACCGUCAGAGGCUUGAUCUGUGGUCAUGUAUUUCAUUCAGAUUGUCUUGAUCCCUGGCUCACCCGAAGACGGGCUUGUUGUCCAAUUUGUAAGAGAGACUACUAUAAAGAAGACAACCCAGUUGCUGGGGGCCCAGAAAACGCUUUAUCCAAUAUCGUCGAGGGCGCUUCAGUUCACGACAAUCAAAGCACUGUAGGCUCACACGUCGAAUCAGAGAACCUCAACACUGUCACCGAUCAGAACCCCACAAGCACUGAAACGGCUGAAACCAACCCCUUGGACAUUCUCAACGAAGACAUAAACCAUGAUUAUUUGCGCCGGGACUCAUACAUCCAAGCGUUGUUCAACGAAUUGAUUCCUCUCUCCGAGAGAGUGCGUGUAAUUCUCCAGGAGCACCCAGAGCUAGAUCUCGAGCCAAGAGCCCGGGAGAUUGCGGCCAAAAAAUUCCGGACCAUUUUGCGCAUGAUUUUCUGGAGGCUAAUGGGUAUCUCGAAAGAAGAUAUGUAUCAUUGGGCUGUUUUGGACUUGUAUCAGACUUACCAGAGGCAAAAUUCGUCAAGUGAAGACGAGCAGAAUGCGCCAACUGAACAAAGUGCUGUGCAAAUUCCUCCAGAGGGAGAGACAAAUGAAGUUGCUGAUGUAGAAGGCCCACAAGCUGCAGACGAGGGCGAGAUGUCAGAGCAGCCACAUGCCCUACCCGUAGCGCAGAGCACCCUUCUGACGCCAUACGGCAACUCAAGACCGGACCAAAGUGAGCUAGACUUAUCUGAGGCUGCCAGAAGAGAGACAGUGGAGAGGAACGCCUAG